UCCUACGACAGGGUAGAGCAGGAACACCUCGCAUGGCGUCUACCGAAGCGUUCGGCUUCGGCUUCACCGUCGAGCUCCUGCAAAAGGACAUCGACCGGCUGCAGGGCGCGGAAAACGGGCGCAGGAUCACGAUUGCGUUUUUCUGCUUGACGGUCUACGACUGGUUGUUGACGUUGAACUCGGAGAUCAGGCAAUUCUGGCAGGAGCCAUGGUCUAUCUCCAAGGCGCUCUUUCUUGUCAAUCGCUACCUCCCGCCUGUGACUAUGAUCCUAGAGAUGAUCUGCUUCGGCGUAUGGUAUCCAUCACCUGAAUUCUGCCGCCCCGUCAUUCAAGCCUCCUUCAUCCUCAACGCCUUCUCCAUCUCCGUCGUGCAAGCCACCCUCGUCCUGCGCCUCUGGUACCUCUUCGCCGACUCAAACCUCAUCCGCAUCCCCACCACGCUCGCGUAUGUCGCCAACGUCGUCCUGACGUUCUACUUCACGAUCCGCUCGGCGGCGGAUCUGGAGAUCCUGAGGAAUAUCGAGCAUAUACAGGGUUGUAGAGUUAGUCGGCCGGAGGAGUUUUGGAGGAUUUAUCUGCCGGCGUUGGUGGUGCAUACGCUGCUGUUCGUCCUCAUGCUCAUCCGCGCGGUGCGCAAUCGGCAGUUCUUGCGCCAAGCACCGUUGUUCAAGCGGAUUUUACGCGACGGCGGGGCCUUUUACUUCGUUGUAUUCUUCUCCGUCGGCUUGACUUCCAUCGGGUCGUUCUUCCACGAUUAUCCUCAGAUCAACAUUCCGUCGAUAUAUUCCUCAAUGCUUCUUGCCUGCACCUCUGUUGCGCUGUCACGCGUGCUCCUGAGCAUUCACUCGCUAGCCGCGAAGCUCGGUUCGGCGGCGCCUUGGGCUCUCAACAGUGUCGAGCUAAGCCGAUUGAGCUGGAGGCCGGGAUCCACAGAAGGAGAGAUUGUCGUCGAGAAGACUUUUGUGGAUGAAGACGAGGUCUGGGAGCCGCAGGAGUUCUCCGAGAGGGAUAGAAGGAGAAUCUCGGAAUUCGUGAGGAGGGCGCGGUAGAUCAGGGGGGAUGUAGGGGGAUUUGGGCUGCGCUAUCAGGAUUUUUGUGGUUUCUUGUGUACGGGUUAUACACGAGGACGAUGUAGCUGUAGGUAUAUGUAUUUCCAGUAGCUGCAAGGCUGCUCACACGAUACACGGCGACGAUGGACCUACAA